GGAGGGUGAGCUGCAUCUGAAAGCAGGCUGAACAGAGGCACGGCUACAUCAAAGAUGAAGUGGUUUGUAGUAGCUGCCUUUACAGUGUGCAUCCUUGUGCCCACCACUUCCUGUCAACAGGAACCAAGCUGGUGUUAUGACCGUGAAAUAUGCAAUGCCUCCACAUGGCCAAUAAAUUACCCCCAGCAUUGCAACGGAACCCGACAGUCUCCCAUUAACAUCGUCUCAGCAUCUGCCAGACCAAAUGACAACCUGACUGAAAUUCAUUUUGAAAACUAUAAUGACACUUCCAAGAUAGAUUUCAUAGAAAAUAAUGACAACACAGUCAGAGUUAAACUUAAGGAAGGAGUUAACAUUACAGGAGGAAACCUGUCCGGACAAUAUCAAACCGUGCAGUUCCACUUCCACUGGGGCAACGGCUCCUCUGUCCCCGGCUCAGAUCACACAGUGGAUGGAAAGCGCUAUCCUAUGGAGUUGCAUAUUGUGAACACCAAGUCAAUCUACAAUCGGAAUAUACCUCAAGCUGCUACUGACUCCACCGGAAUUGCAGCACUUAGUUUCUUCAUUGAGGUAAUGUCAGACAACUCAACUGGUCAGCCGGAAAGCUGGCGCAAUUUGACCUCUUACUUGGCCAAAAUCACAGAAAGAGACAACAACGUUUCGUUUAGUUCGACUGCAGCCGGGUUUUCCCUGAAAGACCUGCUUGGCAAUGUGUCUCUCUCUAAGUAUUACCGCUACCUUGGAUCUUUGACGACCCCCAAUUGUAGUGAGGCGGUGGUCUGGACCGUUUUUAAGGAACCGAUUAAAGUCAGCAAAGAUCUGAUUGACCUCUUCAGCACCACAGUGCACUUCAACAACAGCACUUCACAACUGAUGACAAAUGUCUACAGAAGCCUGCAGCCUGCACAGCAAGUCUGGACUCAGAGCAUCAAGGCCUCUGCCUCCACAACCUGUUUCUCCCUGGGCCCUCUGCUCCUCAGUUUUGCACUGGGCUGGAGUUGGAGCUAAAACAGAAAGAGGACGCCAUCAGCAAGUUUGCCCGAUCAACCCCUUGCCUCACUUCAGCACAUGUGUUAUUUCCCCAUUUAACUAAAACUGACCUUUGUUGAUUACUAAUGGAGCUCUUUAUGUUUGACAUAAUCAUGGAAAUGUGAAGAAUAAUCUAUUUAGGUGAAGGCUACCUCUGCUCCCAUGCUAUCUCUGCUAUCUUGUGAUUAUGGCUACCUGCACUUACCUGUUGUUACAUUAGUCUUGUUUACUUUAAGCAAUAUCAUGCUUUGUAACCUUUUUUGCCUCCAUCAGGGCAGCCAGUGCUACAGUUGAAAUGCACUGGUAGCUAAACCCACAGAAUGGCAAAAUAAAGCAUGCUGACUCAUUUAUGAAGUUCAUGUUAUGAAGGUUUUGAGUGUUACUUUCUAAGAUGAAUCAAAUUAUUUAUCAGUGAUGCACAUUGCUCAUGUCCUUAAUACUGUACUGUAUUACUUGAACAUAAAGAAAACUGUGACUUUCCUGGUCUUAUUAAAUGACAAUUAAAAUUA